AUGUCCGUUUUAACGAAAAUUGUUCAUUCGUGUGUCGUGAGACUGAGUCGCACUGCCAAACCGAUAGAUAACUCUCCUUAUCUACUACUACUGUGGUACAAGCUGCCAAAGGGAGAGAAAAAAAGGGCGCGAUGUAACAUUAUUUAUAAGGAUUCAGUGAUGAUAUUUUCCCGUAGCGACGGUGCCAAAAGCAAAAGAAAAAGAAAAAAAAAGUGUUUUGAGAGUGAUCUUAAAGGAGAUACAAAUCCAGUAGUAUACCAUGAACGACUUAAAUUGUGUAAUUAUCAGCAGGCUCCAGAUAAUAUAUGGUGUCAAUAUUGGUUUAUGGGCAGUUUCUUGGUAUUCUUUUCCAAUCUUGACGCUGUCAUUGAUUUACCUGUCAUGAUCCUGUUAGAUCUUAUGCCACAAAUAUGCUUUAUGAGUAACCAGCUUUCAGACUCAAUAUUUAUCAUUGAUCUGUCAGCUCUUUAA